AUGGGCAGCAUGGGGGCUGUUGAGCCCCUUAAUAUCAAAGUACUCAUCAAAGGCACGGAGUGCGAACCGGAACAAGUGAAGAUCGAAGUAACUAGUGAAAAUGAACUGUUCCUUCACUUCACACACAAGAUAACGCGAGAAACAUUCCGAGAAAUAUGUGGCGACCAGAAUUUGCUGGUCGACAUGGCUGAUUACCCCUCAGUCAUCAUGAAGAUGUGCAACAGCUCUAUUCAGAAUCCCAAAACGUAUAUAUCAUGGGCUAAGUAUGUGUGCUGGGUUCUGAUGAAUACUCUUGACUUUAGGUUUACGGCUGUCGUGGUCUUGCAUGACGAUGGGGGAGCCGAUUUAAGCUUCGUGCAGAACAUUGAGUACAAAUUUGUAGAGCUGCUGCGGUUUCCCCUGGUCCAAAGCUCUGAGGAGACCCUGCGGCAGAGUCUGCAGUUUCGGUACCACUGCCUUCGCACAAAGAUCUCUGCGCUGCACGCUCGACUUCAAGAUGUGGGUGCCAUGGUGCAGACACGGAAUCCCAAUUUGUGGGAUGACUUGAUCAAGAGCGUAGGGCUGUUGGUUCGGGCAUAUGUCAAUGACAAGGCUGUGUAUCAGAGCAAGAUAGGUCAGUUGUCUGAGCCGCUGCGGUUGCCGGUGGAGAGCAUGGCGACGGAGGGCCAGGAUUGGCCCAAGACGCCUACGUCUACAGCGCCUGGCAGUCCGACGACACCAUUAGUACUAAGUUCGAUCCAUGAGGUGGAUUUUAACGAGGAGCUGAAAUUGGGUAUCCAUACGCCAGCGUCGUUGUUAACCGUUCAGCUAUUUGAGAAGGACUUUUGCGCAGAUAUUGCCUUGAGUGAGAUACUCUUGGCGAGUGCUACUAUCCCGAUCCACUGUCUACAUCCGGGGCGUAACUUGGAUCUGGUGAUCAGCGUGCAUUGUACCUUGCCACAGUAUUACUCGUUGCAGGCGCUUAUGGGCAAGGAGGAGUUGGUUGCACAUGAGCCGGUGGCCAUGAUAGCCCGGCUGUAUGUCUCCUUAACACUCUCGAUGCCUGGGCGCGGAUGGACUGUGGUCCUGAGGGAAGUGGCUGCGCUCUCUUUACCUCGCGGGCCGUGGACGCCUCAAGCGCUUGUGGACCCGUCUCUCGAAGAUGACGAGCUGGUCGCUAUCACCGGCUGCGAUAUAUUCAGCGUAGCCAAAGAAGAUGGCACCGUUAGUCUACUCUCCCUCCUAGACGCCAUUACCUCACUUAUCUUCGCACUCACUGAAGGCUUCGAUGACCUCGGCAGCGAGGCCGUCGUCACCUACCUCAAGAACACCAAGGCGGACAUACCACAGGAAGAACGACUCCGCAUGAGCUACGUAGCCAUCGUGGAGGACCUUUUCACACUCGCCGAGUACCUCGUUGUCGGGCCCAUUGCCCGAAUCUCCAAGUUUGUGCACGAGAUUACACACUUCAAAAGACCCCUCACCACGCUCUGUCUCGUUCUGGUCGUCUGGCUCCCAUUCGCCGCCCCACAGAGUGCCCUUUUGUAUAGUAUUAUGGUCGGAUGGUUCAGUUUAUUCUUCGUCACGGAAGUGGGCAUUCCAACUAGGCCUACUGCUGAAGCCAACAAUAGAUUUUCUGCGCUGAUUUCAAAGAUCCAACAAAUCCAGGGAGCCGAAAUGCUAGUGCGCCCCAUUGAACAGUCUGUUAACGUUGCCACUGUCAGAAGGAUAAGAAUUGUUGAACUCUGGGUCAAAGCCCUUAAGACCAGGGUCCUCCGCGAUGCGUUCAAAGAAAGAACGGAACAUUUCCAAGCUUCUCUCAUGAGGGUAAUCACACACGACGAGGGUAUAACAACACUGUGCACACAGCAAUAUGGCUAUGACACAAAUCUGACGGCACAUAUUACAGCACAGUGUUACAGCACAGUGUGUGCAGUGCCACAGCUUGUAUAA